GCGAGACACCCCACUCGCUGAUUUUGUCCGUUUUUUUCUGGUUCAAUUAAACUAAGUAGACCAGACCAAGCUGCUGUUACAUUGGUGUCUAUGGGAGACACACCCAGUUAAGUAAGCCGGAACUGACCUUUUUUCAAUGGUAAAAGGCCUGACUGAAUCAUCUUUAUUUAUCCACCAUCUUUGGUCUCGACUCUAUGUGGAAAGGUGGUUACUGGACUGUCAAACAAUGUCCCGAUUUCUUACUGUUUGUUGGUAGUUACAGUAUUGUACUGUCUUGUUCGGUAGCGCUCUCUACAUCCACCACGCACAUUUGAGUCGAAGAAGUCUAGCCAGUUUGAUUAUUCUCCAGUCUUGUUUUGUAAGGGUGAAGUUGCUCUCUGCAUUGCAGCCUAGUGCUGCUGAUGGAAUUCAAACACACAAUGGCGACUCCCAGCCCCAACAACUCAACAACAUCUACCAGCCACAACAGCAAUAACGCAGGAUCUACAGGCUCACAUCACCAUCAAUCCCAGUCGCAACACAUAACAACAAUGAGCAGUAUGCAAGAAUCCAACACGUGCUGGAGAUGUCAGAGUGAAACAGGUAAACGCAAAGCACUGAAGUUAAAUUUUGCCAAUCCCCCGAUCAAACCAACGACCAGGUUCACUCUGAAUACAGCAGGACCCCCAUUCCAGAACCCCCACAUAGAGAGGCUGCGUACGCAUAGUAUCGAGUCGUCAGGGAAGUUGAAGACCGCCGGUGGCGAUUGUGACUUCACGGCUGAGGACCUCAAGGACCUGGGGGAGAUUGGGCGGGGCGCUUACGGCUCUGUCAACAAGAUGGUGCACAAGCCCAGCAACCAGAUAAUGGCUGUCAAGAGGAUUAGGUCAACGGUUGAUGAGAAGGAACAGAAGCAGCUGCUAAUGGACCUGGAUGUGGUCAUGAGGAGUAGUGACUGUCUCUACAUAGUUCAGUUUUACGGGGCUCUUUUCAGAGAGGGAGACUGUUGGAUAUGUAUGGAACUUAUGUCUACCUCCUUCGACAAAUUCUACAAAUAUGUAUAUUGUGCUUUAGAUGAUGUGAUUCCAGAGGAAAUAUUAGGCAAAAUAACAUUAGCUACUGUGAAAGCACUUAACCACUUAAAAGAAUACUUGAAAAUAAUUCACAGAGACAUCAAGCCGUCCAACAUCCUCCUGGACAGGAAUGGCAACAUUAAGCUUUGUGAUUUUGGCAUCAGUGGGCAGCUGGUGGACUCCAUUGCCAAAACCAGAGAUGCAGGGUGCAGACCGUACAUGGCACCUGAGAGAAUAGACCCAAGUGCCUCCAGACAAGGCUAUGACGUCCGGUCAGACGUCUGGAGUUUGGGGAUAACACUGUACGAACUGGCGACUGGGCGGUUUCCCUACCCAAAGUGGAACAGUGUGUUUGACCAGUUGACACAGGUGGUGAAGGGAGAACCUCCACAGCUUACCAACUCAGAAGACAGGCAGUUCUCCCCCAAAUUCAUCAACUUUGUCAAUCUGUGCCUUACAAAGGAUGAGUCAAAAAGGCCAAAGUACAAAGAGCUUCUGAAACAUGCUUUCAUUCUGAUGUAUGAGGAGCGCUCAGUGGAUGUUGCCAGUUAUGUCUGCAGAAUCCUGGAUCAGAUGCCUACUUCUCCCAGCUCCCCCAUGUACGUCGACUGACUGUAGAACAAGUAGAAACGGAAGCCUGGAACAACAAAACAAUGACCUAAAGAGUUGCUUCAUCCCAUACUGCAGUGUUAAACUAAGACAGGAAAUGUACAAACUAAAACACCACGUGUACUAAGACUGGUGAUCAGUCACGUCUGUAUGAUAUCAACAUUCUCACACUUUUCUCUAUCCUACACACACUCUUACAUGUAAGUACAACUAACUGAAUGAAUAUACCAUGGUCUUGGUUCAUCUCGAUGUGAGACCUCAUCUCUAAUGUGGAUACAGUACAGUGAUUUUAAAUCUGGAAAUGUAUUUAUAGUGUGGAAUAUAUGAUUUGGAAAUACUGGAAUCAUGCUCUUUGAAUCUUCCCACCUCUUCCAUGUAUGUGACUUUAAGAAUUGUGGUUGGUAUCUUAAAUGAAACCUUGCUUCUUAUGGUGUAAAGCAAUUUAAAACGUAACAGCAUAGAUGGACAGGAUCAUAUGGCCUCCAUCCAAUGUUGUGAGGGUGCUGCCGUCACUGUGCAAUGGACUUUGUGCUGAUAUAUAAAUAGAGAAAUAAUUGUGCUUUGAGAGACAUUUAGUUACUCUGCAUCUAUUUGAGCUCAGGUUAAUCAAUUGGUGUAAGAAGGCAAGCAACCACACAAACACACUCACUGGCUCUCUCAGCCAUGGCAUAUGCAACACUCUCUUUAAAAGCUAAGCUGUAUGUAUGUAUGUAUGGUGCUGUUGAUCUGUAAUUACUCAUAAUGCCAUCUUGUAUCCCUGUAUAUAGCCACACAUUUAUCUGUAAUGAAAUUGCCUGCUGUUCUGGAUGUUACAACCGUUCUAAUGCACCCGACCGGCCCCUAAUGAUUUCAGCUGAUAUGCCAGUAUUUGUUUCUUAAAUGCAUGGCACCUGAACUGUGUUCAGACUGAUUGAUUGACUCCUAUAAUAUUCACAAUGUACACAGAAUCUAGAGGUUUAGUACACACAGUGUAGUUCACAUCUUUUUAGAUUACCAGAUAUAAUUGAAACUUGACUGCUGGUAAAAUACUGGUACAGUAGUAAACUAUUAAAUUGGCUGGAUAUCAUUGCAUACAACACGCAUUUAAAUGUUUGCAGUUUUACUGUAGAACAUUCAAAUUAGAAUAUCUUGCUGGGCAGAAUGUGUAAAAUAUUUCAUGACCUGAGAAUAUUAAUAUGAGCUUAUGAAAUAUCAUAAGGAUGAUGUAUCAAUUUAUUUUAUCUUUCAUCUGACUGUGAAAAUAUGAGUGUACAUUUUGAGCUUGGUGUCAGAAAAGUGUAAGAACUAUCCAACAAAUAAAACCUGUACAGGGA